AUGCGUACUUCAUUCAUUCUCCAACUACCCACAACAAUAGCGAUAGCUAUCAUUCUCUUCUCAUGUCUCGUACUGGCAUCGCCAAACUCGGACAACACAUUGAUUCAACGCGACGAAGAAGAAGGCUCAGGAUGCAGCACAGAAGGCCAAUGGCACUGCAUGACCAAUUCAUUUCAAAGAUGCGCCGAGGGCCACUGGUCCAUGAAAAUGAACAUGGCUGAAGGGACAAAAUGUGUUCCAGCAGGUUAUACAGAUGACUUUAAUUUUCGUAUUGAGCAUGAGGGAAAUAACCACGACAAUGAGGAGGACCAAAGUGAUGAGAACCGGAGUAACGGUCGUACGAGUCCAGGAGCACGGAACUCGAACAGCCUUGCUGUAGUUGUGAUUGUUUCCUCUUUAUGGACCGCUUUAGGAUUUAUCGCAUAG